AUCGCGCGUGGCCGCCACGCCGGCGGCACCUCCUCUCUGUUUACAUCUUCGGCGGCGCCGAACCCGCCCCCUUAACUGCUGACCCGCGGAGUCAAUUAGCAGUUAUUUAUUUGGUGCUUUGACACGCCCUUAUCUCGUGCCCGAGUGACUCAAACGUGUCAAAGUAAUAAAUAUAACUGAGACAAAUAGAAGACACUUGAUAUACUCCACAGUCGAUGUCACUGCGAUGAUCGUCGUUUCCAACCAAGGAUCCAGAGACAGAGUUCUGCAUUCAUCCACCUCGAUAUGGUCCAACUGGAGGUCUUCUCCUAUACUACUCCGCAAGUCACCUUCAGGUCGCGUGAUGAGCGUCGGCCAGUAAUUACGAGGAGCGUUGUUUACCGCGGCUCCGUCAUGGGCGCGCACGGGCUCAGCGCCUGACGGCCACCGCUCGGGGGUUGACAGCAGCCGGCCGUGACGUAACGCCGCCGCUGCCGGCCGCGUAUAUAUUGGCGCCGGGACGCCACACCGCCGCCGCAGACCUCCGCCGCCAGCCGUUACCACCACAUCGCCCACCAACAGACGCCGCCGCCAUGAAGCCCGCAGCAGCACUUGUCGCCGCCACCCUUCUCAUCGCCGUCAUCCUGUUCCACAGAGCGGAAGCCAACCCAAUAUCCCGGUCUUGCGAAGGGGCUAACUGUGUCGUCGACCUGACACGUUGCGAAUACGGUGAAGUGACGGACUUCUUCGGACGCAAAGUCUGCGCCAAGGGACCAGGAGAGAGGUGCAGCGAUUAUGAGAGCUGCGGGGACGGUUUGAGGUGUGCACAAAAGUUAUGCGUCGGCUGCUCCCUGGCGACUCUCCAGUGCUUCAGUAUCGUUAGUCUUCCCCUGUCAGAAGAGGAAUGAAUGUGUCACUUAGUAACGAGACGAAUACAUAUUUAUCUAAAAUAUAUCUCUAUUUAAGUGAGACAGCUUCCACACUCGACAUACAGCUCUAUGGACUCAACCAGUUUGUUGAAAAAACGUGACUCACUUUUAUGUUGUCAUCACAAUACUUACAUGUAUUGAUAUAGACACAAGUGAGUAAAUUUCUCUCUUCUUAUUCUGUCUCUUUGUUCUUUUCUUUCACAAUAAAUACAUUAUCAGUAUUCUUGUUA